AUCGGGUCAACAACAUACCGACGCAGUUCACUCCCGUCCAUCGUUCUGUGCAGAUCAACCACUUCACAAAAGUGGAAGAAAGUGUUUGUGUGUGCCUUAAGCCAACAAAAAAUGGAACACUACACAAUGAUGGGCAUCGACAGGAUAACGACGUACGGGCAUAUCGCCGACAGUAGUGCUGCUGCUGCUGCUGCUGUUAGUGCCGCUGCUGGUGUCACUUACUUAUCACACUACCCAACGCCCGACACUUCCCUCUGCCGGAGCAGCUACAGUGCAUCCUCCCCGGGCACAAGUCCAUCGGUGUCCGGGCCCGAGCUGAGCCACACCAACUUUGGCCUCUCCUUUGCGGACGUAAUGUUCGACGGGGAAUCGUUCAUACAGAUAGACUCCUCCGAUCUGCACAUCUUUGGAUCCGGCCCGGCGCAAACACUCGGUGGAACGCAGAUCGGUGAUCCUUGUCCGGUGCAAAGUCUCCCCAGCUCACCCUACCCACCGGAAGAGUCGCGGAACGGACGGCCAGUUGAGACGAAGGCGUGCACUGCCAGCUUCAUAUCUACCCCGGUGAGCCGCACUACCGAUCACCGUCGGCUGUACAAGGCGCGCAAAUCUAUCUCGGCGGGUAAGAAGGACUGCACACCACCGAGUCCGACCGUGCUGAAGAAGCGACGGCUAGCGGCGAACGCACGGGAACGCAAGCGCAUGAACAGUCUGAACGUUGCGUUCGAUCGGUUGCGCGAGAUAGUCCCUUCGCUUGGGCCGGAUCACAAGCUGUCCAAGUUUGAGACGCUUCAGAUGGCACAGACGUACAUUAAUGCGCUCAGUGAUCUGUUGGAGCGCGGUGCCGAUGCAACGACCUACAGUCUGUUCGAUAGUCUUGAAUCGAGGGUCGCAUCGAACGAUACCAACAAUAACAGUAGUGGCGGCGUGAAUGGGCAGCAGUUGCUCGGGAGAGACGAUGACUCGCUGGACGAUCGAUUCUUGGACAUGGGAUAUGAUGUGAUGUGAAUGUGGGGAAGGUGGCUGAAGCGUGCUGGGGGCACCACGAAAGUAUAAAUCAGUGAUAUUAGGAAGCUUCAACCCGUUUUGUGGUCCGCCGUGUGCAGUGCGGUACGAGUAAGCAGUGCUCUAGUCCUAAGCGAUGUUUGUUUUGUCACUACUCUCCCGAGUGGAUGUGACCGAUAUUAUAGCGUUGUAUUUAAGACACAGCUGUGUGAAUGUAUAUUAGUGGCAUACAAAUAAAGAAGCAUCUAA